AUGAGGAUAAAGGUAGUGUGUAUAAACUUGAAAAUGUUUACUGAAUUUUAAUACUUUUUUAUGUUUUUUUAGUUUCGAUGUAGGCUUUGUCAUCAAAUUUUGCAGACAGAGAGUGUAAAUAUUAUUAAAUCGUUUUCUUCUCUAAUUCAACCUCUUUCUAAUAUUACUUCAAGAUUUCAAAAUGAGAUGUGAAGUUGUACCCUCAGAAUUUUCUAACCUUGUGCCAUUUUCUUCCUCUUCAUAUUCUUCUUAUUAUCCAGAAAAUUCAGAAAAUGUUUUUGGAUUUAUCAGUAAAAAUGGCUUAUGGUUAUACCAGAUUCAUGGUACAGUUAUUGAUAUUUACUGUAUAGAGAGUGGAAAAUGGUGCGGGGGCCACUGUUUUGCAAAAUCACUAAAAAACCCAUUUGCUAAAAUAACUGCUGCAGUUGAAUUCACAUCAUCUCAUCUUUCUUAUCCAUGUCUUUUGUUGGCAGUAAAUCAAGAUGAUGAAAGCUUAUUAUGCUUAUUUGAUGUUGAUUCUUGCAAAGUUGUUCGAGCUAUACUUAUGCCAGGAAGGGUAACUGCCUUGGAUGUUGUCAGUGGAAAUGGUGGAGUUUGUAUAGAGACACACAAUUUAAGUCGUCGAUUGCGUUACAUGUUUGGAGUUGUUGCUAUUGGUAUGCUUCAUGGUCAUGUCUUUUUCUUAGACUUAUGCUUGGAUGAGAAUUUCAAUUCUAGUGAAAGGUUGCCUAGCAUAACAGCUGUGGUAAGGCAACAGGAUUUUUCUGCUGAAAAGAGAGAAGCAUUUAUUGCCAGAAAACAGCAUGUUUUGCUUCAUUUAAAUGUUGAAAGUAGCCGUGGAAGUAGUUUUGAAUUUAAAAGUCGUAGCAGUACCUUAGGAAAAUUCCCUAAUGGAGAUGUUUAUAUGACAUCAUUGAAAUAUAUUCCAAGCCUCACUACUUUAGCAGUAGGAUUCAAUUUUGGUGGAAUUCAGUUGUGGGAAUUACAUCAUUUAACUCUACAAUUUACCAUAGCUAAUGAUCAUGAACAAGCUAUCAUUAACUUUGCAUUUCAAGAACCUGAAAAUGAUCCUCGAAACUUCUGUUACCUUUGGGUUUUUAAAGGUCAUUCCAUAGCAGAAGAAGAGCUGCCAACUACAAUUUCAGUUGCUACAUUAUAUUCUCUGACUUACUUCAAACGAGAAUUUGUUGAAUCUUUUGGAGCUUUAUAUACAGAAUUGCAGACUUGUAAUAGAAGAUUUGAACUUCCUCUGAUAAGUGAUCUUUAUAGUUCCCCAAACAGUGGUACCAUUGGGAGUCGUUUGAUGUCAUGUCAAAUCAUAAAUCAAAAAGACUUGCAUCAUGCUUUAGAUGUUGCUUCUGCAAAUGAAAGUGACUCUGUUUCUGAAGAUAUGAGCUUGUGUUUCUUGUCCUGGGAAGUUUGGCCAAAUACACAGCAUUUACCACUUUCAUACCACCUCGCUGUGUUCGAUUUGAAUCAGUGGUAUCAAGCACAUAUGCCUGCUAUUUUCAGGUGCCAUUCAAAUGAACUUAGUCCAUACUUAGGUAUAUUCUCGAUGAAAGAAACUAUGAAGUGUCUUAAUAAUGAAGAAAUUUUGAGCUUAUAUGCUAUACCUCAAAGCAUCAAGAAAUUUAAAUCUCUUUUAGUAUCUGAAGAGUUCUUCUAUCCGUCAUCCCUAAGUUUUCAACAAAUAAGUUUCUCAGAAAAUGGUGUGUGCAAAACCACUUAUUUUGGAUUUCAGAAGCAUUUGCUUUUUGAAGUUGGAGAACUUGGGCCCCAGAUUUUACUUAAUCCCAAAGAAAUAUAUCCAUCAUUAAUGAAAAGUGGUCUGAUACCAGAUUCUCAUAUUGGUGCAGAUAAUACCCCUCUGGUAGUUCAAAGGGAAAUGCUUUUUCAAUUGGCUCUUGAGUAUCACUUGCCAUUUUUCUUUAUGAAGUGUCUCAGGGAAUGGAGAUAUUCAGAAUCUAUUCAUGAAUGCUGUACAUCAAAAUAUUUAUUGAGCUGGGCUUGGAAGAGAGUUAUACAUAUCAAAAAUUCUAUGGAUAAAUAUACUGUACCUCUCUUCAAUUGUUCUGGUGAAGAUGUAGAUAAAUCUUCUCUGAGACACCUGUAUAGCUUCAGAAAGCAAUUAAAUUUAAUCGACAUCAUUAUGGCUGGCUAUCAAAAUCACGUAACACCAAGAACUGAGCAAGGUAUUCAAGAAUUACAAUGCAGAAAAGAUGCUAUUUUGUGCAUUAAUAUGUAUUUACAAGUACUUUUGUGGCUUCGAUCUGUUAAUGUUCUUCCUGAAGUGUGUGAAGAGGAAGCCACAGCAAAAAAUGUUGUAUAUCGUUUGAGUUAUGUCAGUGACUCAUAUUCUCUUCGAAGAGCAAGGCUGCAAAAACUUCACAGUUCCUUAGCCUCAACAGAUGUCUUGCUGAUUGAUGGUCUUGUGAAGGAAUCUGGUGUUAGUAGUUCCUGGCAAGAAAAGAAUGGAACUGGCAACUAUCCUCCACCCAGUAUCUAUGCUGCUCUAGCAGGCUACUUGAUGGAUGGAGUGACUAUAGAAUUGAAGCAUGCACUCAUGUACUAUUUGUUAUUAGAUUUACAAGAUAUGAAUGCAAAUUCUACCUUUCUUAAUGGAUUAAAAAAGUUUCCUCAGAUAUUUGGUUUGUCUAAAAGCAACACAAAAUUGCUGAAAGCCUUUUGGUACUUGGAUCGGAGAGAUACCAAGAAUGCAAUUAAGAAACUACUACAUCCUGCUGUAAGAGUCUGUGACAUUUUACCCUGGCAACAUCAGAGAAUUAUCAAAUCUUUUUUGUUUUGGAAAGCACCUCAAAAUGCUUUAAAAUAUAUUAAUCACAUGGAACCUCCACAAACAUCACUUGAAGAUAUGAAACUUCACUUAUCAGUUUUACUUUCUUGUGGGGCAAUCACUCAAGCAUAUGAAUAUCAACGUAAAAAACAGGAAAUGGGCUUUGGAAAUGAGUUGCUGAAUCAUUUAUUUCUUGGAUGUCAAGAAUUGCGAAAAAUGAAAGAUCUCGUAUACUUGCCUUUAAACAGCCUGGAAUCAUGGGCUCUUGUCCGGUUUUUGAAUGAAAGCAAGGAUCCACGGGCUCAGGAAUUACUUGUUAUUUAUCAUUUGUUGCAUUGUAAUUUUUUCGAAGCAGCUAAAGUCAAUGAGAAGCUUUCAAGACUUUUAAUGAACAAACUUGCUUCGAUUUAUGAAACUAGUAUUCAUGAAAGAAGCAUUGACAGAGAAGCCUUGGUUGAGAGCCUUAUGGCAGCUGUAUCUCAUACUGAAAAAUGUCUUGUUGAAGAAAUGAAAAGAUUACCAUCAGAUGCAACAAAGAAAGAAGCUACUUUAGAAGUAUCUGUGCCUCUGUCAGUUUCUAUCAAAUGCAGUGCUUUGAAGCAAAUGAGCUAUUCUGAUAUUUUGCAAUCUUUGAUCUGUAAAGCUUCUCCAUGUGCAUCCCCUCAAUUGAAAACACGACAUUCUCACUUUGAAGAUGUGCCAUUUCUUCGUCCUCCUGUUACUCCUGAUAUUAUAGGCAAACCAGUUAAUGCAGGGAAUAUAACACCAGUGAUCACAAAAAGAAGUCGGUUGGCAACCAGUCCUACUGAAUAUUCAUCUCCAGCUAAAAGAUCAAGGUUGUUGGAUAGUGCUCCAUUUAAACCAUCACCAUUAUUAAAAAGAACCCCUAAAAGUCUGGCUGGUGAUAUUGUAUCUCUUCUACAAACACCUCCUAUUCAUAGAAGAAAAUCUAGUGUAAUGAAAAGCAAAAUUUUAGAAAGCACUCCUACUAUUACCCCUCAAUCAAUACUCAAGAAGAAACAAGAUUCUAAAAAACAAGUGCAGCUGGAUUUUCAUACAGCACCAACACCUCCCUUAGGCUCUGAGGAUGAAAGCUCAGAAGAUGAAGCCAUGGAGGUAGAUAGAAAUUUGGAAAAUAAUCUUCCUUCAAAUAAUGAAAAUAUGUCCAGACAAAUUAGGUUUGAUCUUCCUACUGAAGCUCAAGAAAGCAAAAUGGCAUCAAGUUUUAGGUUAGCAGCACAAAGUAAUGUUCCAAAAUCAGAUAUAUUUUCUGGUAGGCAGGAAAAUUCAGAAAAUGCUAAGGCUUCAAAAGAAACUGGGAGAACAUCAUUUGGAAGCUUAACUAGAGAACCCCUUCGAAGUCUUAAAAAAAGAAUUUCAUUUCAUGAUGAAUCAUCUUCAAUAAAGGCUGCAGAGGCUGCUAUGGAUGUUGAAAUACUUGACAAUACAGAAGAAGGCAGAAAAGAAGUUUCAUCUGAAAAGAUUUCUUCCCUACCGCAAAUUGAAGCAGACAUUAGUUUAGAUCGUGAAGGUGAAACUGGAAUGCCUAUAUCCAGUUUUAUAGCUAAUUCAGAAAUUUCCAAACCAGUGAUAGACAUAACUCAUACAGAUAGUACAGCUUGCAAGACAUCUGAAGAUGAUGAUGUUGAAAUAUUACUAGAAGUGCAAGGUCAUGGCCAGUCAUUUCAGAGAUCUCAUUUAAGUCCUCAAUUAUCAUUGAGAAGUAAUUUCCCUGAAUCUAAAGAACAGAAAACAACAUUUCUUGAAGGAUUUCAAUCUGGUCUUUUGAGUGGCAGCAAAACCUCUACCAAAAUUGACGAAAAAGAAAAUUCACCUGGGCAUAGUACAGCCUCGGAAGACUGUUUUAUAAUUGAGCAGACCUUAAUAGAUGACCAUUCAGAAAAUGAAACAUUCUAUUCCCCAUGUUCAGAAAAUUUAAAUUUCACGAGAGCAUCAUUCACAUUUUCUGAACCAGUUGCUCUCUUUCAAGAAAAUUCAAAUCCUCCUGCAAUUCCAGAAGAAAGUGGAUCUGUUAUUGAAAAUGCUUUUUCAUAUGACUUCUCUGAGCAAAGACCUCCUGAAUUAAACAGAACAAUAUCUUUUGAUUUUGCUGAGCCUUCUGAUGGUAUUUUAGAUCAUGGCAUUGCAAGCCUUCCUAGCAAUUCAAAAUUUUCAAGUGUUGAAAAUGAUAUGGGUCAGUUCAUGGAAGAUUCAUCUGAAAGUUCGAAACCCAUGUGUACAACUUUUUGCUUUACUGAAAAUGUGCCUAUUGCAAAUGCUGAAAGUAUAUCAUAUACUAAAGAAGAAAAUCUUACUGAAAAAAGUUCUGAAAGUAAUUUUGCCACUGAAUUAGAGCAGCCACAAGUUCAGAUGGAAGAUACAGCUGAACCUCCACUUCAGUUUCAAUUUUCAAAACCAGUGGAGGAAUAUGAAACUGUCUCGGAUGAGAAAACUGUAGCAAUGGAAAUUAUUGAAAGCAGUACAUGUGAAACUGUUACUGAACCACUUUCUUCAUCAGAAAGUAGCAUUUCUCAGGAUAAAUUUACUUUUGCAAAACCUAUUUCCUUAAAGACAAGUGAAGAGUUUAGUACUUAUUUAGAUGACAAGAAUAUUGAAGGCAUUGCUGGAAGUGAUAAAACCUUGACAACCUCAGAAUCAUCAAUUGCUGGGAAAACUGCAACUAUAUAUAAACCAAGAUUUACAUUUUCAAAGCCUUUAUCUAAUAAAAUUAUUGAAGAAACAGAAGUACCUGGAAAUGAGUAUUCUAAACCCCAAAUAACUGAAGACAAUAAAUCUGAACUAGCAGUGGAACUGCCAAUAACAACGGAAAUUAAUGCCACACGAAAAUCCAGAUUUACUUUUGGGAAAAAUAAUAAUGCAGAUAAAACAAUUGUGAAAAGCAGUGCUUCCGAAGUGAAUAUUUUUGAGAGCAAUAAAUCUGAAGUUGCAUCAGAGCUUCAUAUUGUAGAAGAGAAUCCUACAGUUUCUAAACACAGAUUUACUUUUUCUAAGCCUUUGCCUUUAAAACCUUCUGAAGAACUCCAUUCUGUCUCUGAAAAGAAGGGUUCAAAAAUGGACAUCACUGAAAGUGAUGUUUCUACUAGAAGUAGGUUUACUUUUAGUAAACCUAUAUUAUUGUCUGAAAAAACUAUAUCAAAUGAAAAAGAUGCGAACAUUACAGUUUCUGAAAGUAAUACACAAACUGAAAAGAAACAAGUUUCCAUAACAGAAACUAGCUUAAGGACUUCUCAUAAAACUUUUAUGUUCACCAGAAGCAAGUCAACUUCGAAAACCUCUGAUGAUGAAGCAAAGCAAGAAAGUGAAAACCCUUCUGAAAUAAAUGAAUCAAACAUCAAAACAGAUUUCCUUCUUUCUGAAACUGCCGGAACUUAUGAAGAAUUUUCUAGUUCUUUGAAAAAAGGUGCAUCUGAUGAAGGGACAUCUGAAAAAAGUGGCCAAAAGACCCUUUUAAGUAGUCCUCAUUCAGCAGCUGAACCCGAGUCCCAAAUUCAUGGUACUUCAUUAAAAACAGAUGUCAAAAUUAAAGCAAACACAACAGCAAAGAAAAAGACUACCAUGAAGACAGAUAAGUCCACUGCAACUACUCCUUCCAUAUCUAAAAAGAAGAAGGGAAAAGGUAAAUCUUCCCAAAAAAUUGAGUUUUCUUUUGCUGAACCCACUUCUCCUGCCACUCCUGAAAUUCUUGAGAUAUUAGCCAAGACUCCUGAGGUGCCCUUGCCUUCUUUUAUGUUCUCUCCUCCUAUGACCCGAGGACGCCUACGCAAAAAAAGAAUGGAUGAAUCAAUGGGCAGCUCUUUUUGCUCUGUGACCUCUGAGAUGUCCUUUGUUUCUCAGCCUCCUCCAAUGGAUUCCAUACUGGAAGGAAUCAUUCAAGAAAAAAAGUUAGAGCCCAGGAGAACUUCAAAAGCCACUACAAAAAAAAGAAGUGCAGCCAGAAAGCCAAGACCACAAAGUCAUCUUGAAAUAUCAUCCAUGUCGUCUAUUCUAGAUGAAAGCAAAAUGAUUUCACCUUCUAAAAAGAGUUCGCCCUCUUCACCUAAAAAUACUUCUGCCAGGCAUUCUAUGAUUCUCAGACAAACUAAAGUGAAGCAUAAACCUGAGAAUCUUUAGCAUUUUAAAAUUUGACUGUAAAAAGUUUUUAAAUCGUAGAAUACUUUUGCUCUGUUAGAAGUCUGGGGCAAUUUUGUAUAUGUAGUUUGUUCAAUAAAUAAUUUUUAUAUAAAAUUGUAAAAUUGAGAUGUGAUAAUUAUUAAAUAAUAACCUAAAACCAUUAUGUGUUUCUUCAUUAGAUUUAAUAUUGUUAUGUAAGGAAAUAGUUUGAGUAUAUUUGUAAUGUGCCAGACAAUUAUAUUGAAAUAUAUGAAAGUCAAAUAUCAUUCAGUGACUCAUGAAAAAAUUCUUCAUAACUAUGAGAGCUUGUUAUAUAGUACUUUUCUGAUAGUAAG